GAAACAGCCAGUCAGAAGAAGCCACUAUUACUUAAGACUUGACACUUUCAUCAUUUGGCCACUUUUUUAGCAGCUCGAGUGUUAUUUCACCACUGAAGAUGACACCGUUGUGGAUUGUUAUCUUAUCUCUGAACACAAUUACUCCGGUCCAAACCGUGGAUUUUUCCAGACCAUCGUUUCUCUCAGUAGAACCCGGAGAACGUGUUACUCUUAACUGCCCGUUUGGACCCAUUCAAACAUCUGUGUUCUGGCACAAACAAAAAUUUGGAGAAAUGCCUCAAAAAAUAGGAAAAAGAUUAGCGUAUAAGGAGUUUGAAAUGUCUCUGGAGUUCAAGAUGUCAGGAUUUAUUAUGGAACUAACAAACGGAGAGAACAUUUCUCUGACGAUUUCACAUGUAAGAAAAGAAGACGAAGGAUUUUACUACUGUGGAAAAAGUUUCAUGGACGAUUUUACAUUAUCCAGUGGAACGUUUUUGGCUGUAACAGAUACUGAAGAUGUAAAAGUGAGUGUGUGGCAACACAGCGUGUUGGACUCGGUUCCUGCAGGAGCCUCAGUGACUCUGCAGUGCUCGGUUCUCUCUGAGAGCAGAGCAGCAGAACUCCAAGUGCUCUGGUUCAGAGCUGCUCCACCACAAUCCCAUCCUCAAAUCAUUUACACUCAUCACAACAGCAGCCGUCAGUGUAAGAGCGACUCUUCUACACACACCUGUGUGUACAACUUCUCCAAGAACAUCCUCAGCCUCAAUGAUACUGGAACUUAUUACUGCGCUGUGCUCCUGUGCGGGAAGAUCAUCUUCGGGGACGGGACACGAAUACAGAUGGAUUCAGUAAAAUCUGAGGAUCAUGUAGUGAUGUAUCUUGCUGUAGCUUUGGGAGUGUGUGUAGUUUUGAUCUUUGCCCAUAUCGUAACCUGUACAUGGAGAAACUGCAAGGUUUUCACUGCGAGAUCUGAAGAUACAAUAAUAAAAAAAGCAGCAAAUCAGAACCUUGACGCCAUGGAGCUGAGUUUUGCUGCCUCCCACGUCAAUAAAAGACGAAGAAAGACAGAACGAGCUGAAGAUAACGUGUAUACUGAAGUGAUUUACUCUUCUGUUUCUUAGAUCUUAUGUUCUCCUCAUGUUCUUCCAGGUUUCCUCCAGGUUCCUCGGUUUUCUCUGAUCUACCAAAAACGUGGUAGUAGUUGAACUGGUGAAGAUAAACUGUCUGUAGUUGUGUGUGAGUGUCUGAAUACUGUAUGUGUGUUCAUGGUGUCUUUUAAAAGACUGUAAUAAUAAAUAAAUAAAACCA